AUGAAUAGGAUCAAUGACUUAACACGUUACCACUGGGACACAACAAAGUUUCGUUCUUCUUCUUCUUCUUCGAUGUUGCUGAGGUACGGUUUUGUUCCUGUUUCAAAAAAGUUUCAUUCUUUUCAAUUUUUGAUAAACACCCAUUUCAAUUUCAUUCCUUAUUUUUCAACUUCAACCACAUUCCAUAACAACAAUGAUGUUGAUGAUGCUGUUUCUUUGUUCAAUCGCUUGCUUCAACAGAAUCCCACUCCUCCCAACAUCGAAUUCAAUAAGAUUUUAGGUUCCCUUGUCAAAUCCAAACAUUACCACACUGUUCUUUACCUUUCUCAAAAAAUGGAAUUUAGAGGAAUUAAACCUAACUUAGUCAAUUGCAACAUUCUCAUCAAUUCUUUCUGUCAAUUGGGUCACAUCCCUUCUGCUUUCUCUGUUUUGACAAAGAUUCUCAAAAUGGGUUACAAGCCAAAUACCAUAACAUUGAAUACACUCAUCAAGGGUCUCUGUCUCAAUGGUAAGAUCCAUGAUAAGCAUUGCAUUGUUGGUAAACUGAAAGAUGCAGUUGAUCUGUUUAAUAAAAUGAUAUUGGAAAACAUCAACCCGGAUGUGUAUACCUUUACUAUAUUAGUUGAUGGAUUUUGUAAGGAAGGAAGGGUGAAAGAAGCUAAAAAUGUGUUAGCUAUGAUGAUGAUACAAGGCAUUAAACCUGGCGUUGUUACUUAUAACUCUUUAAUGGAUGGAUAUUUCCUAGUUAAACAAGUGAAUAAGGCUAAGAGUAUAUUCAACACUAUGGCUCAGUUGGGAGUGAGUCCUGAUAUUCAGAGUUACAGUAUCUUGAUUAAUGGGUUUUGUAAGAUUAAAAUGAUGGAUGAAGCCAUGGAACUACUCAAAGAAAUGCAUCACAAACAAAUUAUUCCUAACGUGGUAACUUACAGUUCCCUUAUUGAUGGUUUAUGUAAAUCGGGGAAAAUCUCUUAUGCUUUGAAGCUAGUGGAUGAGAUGCAUGAUAGAGGUCAACCACCUAAUAUAGUUACUUACAGUUCUAUAUUGGAUGCUUUAUGCAAAAACCAUCAGGUUGACAAUGCAAUUGCGUUAUUAACACAGAUGAAAAACCAGGGUAUUCAACCAAAUAUGUACACAUACACUAUUCUUAUCAAGGGAUUGUGCCAAAGUGGGAAAUUGGAGGAUGCACGGAAGGUUUUUGAAGAUCUUUUGGUCAAAGGCCAUAAUCUAAAUGUCUAUACAUAUACUGUUAUGAUCCAAGGCUUUUGUGACAAGGGCUUGUUUGAUGAAGCGUUGACCUUGCUAUCAAAAAUGGAAGACAAUGGCUGCAUUCCAAAUGCUAAAACUUAUGAAAUAAUUAUCCUUUCUCUGUUCAAAAAAGAUGAAAAUGAGAUGGCAGAGAAACUUCUUUGUGAAAUGAUCGAGGUCUAUUGUAAGAUUGAAACUAUUCAAUAGCAUCAUUUCAUUUUAUGUACUUGCCUCUGCUAGUGGAAAAGAUAUUUUUUUAUUGUUUUUGUUAACUGUGUUUACCAAAACUUUUAUACUUCUCGUAUAUCUUCCAUUUCGAUUUCUCUAUA